GUCAGGCAGUGUUCAGGUCAUCGGAGGGGUCCAUGUAGCUGCUCCCGUUAGCUCAGAGCAGCUAGUGAACCAUUGGCUGGUGAGAGACUGAGCAUCCUUCCAGAAAAACACCACUGAAAGUAAAACAUACAGACGGCUCUCAUACAGCGGCAAUAAAUCAAACCGAGGAAAUCUCUUUGAAGACAAAGAGUAUAAAGGUAAGCGCUGAGUGUCAUCGACACCAAUUCUAUAUGAACCUUUUGUGUAAAAACCGUCUUUAGUCAUCUUUACUCGAGGUGUUUGUCGCCUCGUCCUGAGAUGGUCUUUGUUUUUUUGUUUUUUAACAAUCAGACAUUUAAAGGGAACUUUCUCCUACAUGUCCGUUAAAAUUAGUUUAUAUUUUCUAUGUUUAAACUCGCAUUCGGUCGUAUUCGCAGCACAACGAAAGCUAACUUGCUAGCUCCUCAGCUAACAAUAGGACAAGGAGAUUAGGACCAGAGUUGACCGUUUAUUAAAAUGGUUUAAUGUGGAAAAAUUGGGCUUUUCCUCUUAAAAAUAAAAGGUUAUUUUUCCACCGCAGCUCAAAUCUCGAGUUAACGCCUCCAACCGUUACUCCAGUACUGACCGUUAGACGGUUAUUGCUAGCAUCUGUCAACAAGCUUAGCUGGAUGAGUCCAAGUGAACCGAGGUUUUUAACUUUGACUACAAGGCCCACAUUUUUAACUUGGGUUUACUUCCUCCGACAAAUUCACGAAUUAGUCCACAGAUAGUCCUGAGUCAGUGUGUGUAACCUUAGGAGUGUUUUUAAAGGAACAAAACCUCAGCCGCAUUAUUUGAUCGUGGGGUCAUUUACAGUCUACUUGAUCCGCACCAUCACCUCGGUACCACCUCAGCUGGCCCUGAUUGUGUUUUGGGUUUGGGUCGAGCUUGAAUCAUCCUUUUGUUAAACCAAGAUAAUGUCAUAUAGGGGAGAGUGGGGUAAGAUGAGCCGUUUUUCAUAUUUCAGAUCACUUCAUCAAAGACAAUCAUAGUUUUGUCUCCAACUAGUGUAUCUGCAUAUAUUUCAAGAUGUUGUUCAUUCCUGAAACCCGACAGAAUGAGUGUAAACAUAACUGUCUUGAUAAUAUAGCAUGACAAAAAAGUGGUCUCCUAUGGUCAACUUACCCUGUGUAUGUAUGGGGUAAGUUGACCAUAGGAGCUGGCUAAGUUGAGCCAUAUCCUUACUACCCCCUCACUCUCCACCCCAGCCCUCCCUCACCUUCUCUCUCCCUAAAUAACAGUCACUUCUUCACAUUCAUGUGUAUUUUUAUCUAUUAUACGAUAUUAGACUGGUACAAUAAUUCUUUUUAUUAUUAUUGCAUAUAACUGCUAAAAAGCUGUUUUGUAAAAAGCCAUUUUAACAUGAGAAUGCCUUUAAAUGAUUCAGAACAUUCACAGCUGUAUUUUUGAAAAGAAAAAGUAAAACAUUUCAACAAUCUGAACUGAAUCUCUGAUCCUCUCAUCAGACUCCUUUACUUUCUCAGUUCAGCCACUGGCUCAACUUACCCCAGAACGACUAUUAUGACUUUAUUAGUCCUCUAAGCUAAAAUGGUGGACUUUAAUGCCAGGUUUCUGACCUCAGGCUAAAUUCACUUUAAAGAGUGAAAAAUGUUUUUUUGGAAAUAAAUAUCUAACCCCUUCUUCACCCAUGUGCUUUUAACCUUCACAGACUCCAUGAAUUGAUGCCCAUCUCCUAAAUAUUUGGUCACAUGAUCAAUUUCUUCUACCAUUUCCAAGCAACAGGGGGUGGCUCAACUUACCCUUUGGCUCAGUUAACCCUUUGGUUCAACUUACCCGACUCUCCCCUAACUGUUGAAAUAUGACCUGUUAAUCUCUCUUUUCAAAAUUUUCUAAACUGUCCAUUUACCUGCAAAAGAGGCCCACACAAGUGAUGUAAUGUGGUAAAACUUUAAUCUUCUACAUUUGGACUCUGGCUGUUGAGAAGCUGACAGCUGCCCACUCACUGGUCAUAUUUAGCAGUUGGUUUUAUGGUGGACAGUGUGUAAUUGUUAACCAAACAUUGAUUUCUAGGUCACUGUGGUGUCUGCCCAGAUUAUUGAUUCAACCAAAAUGUAACCAACAUCUUCAAAAUUAAAACCUUUUAAUCUGUAUUGUACAUUAUUUUUUGUCCAUAGAUGCCUUCAGCGACGGUUGGUAACAGUGCUGUCCAGACUGCCAUGCCAGAACUGGGAAAUGGAAGUCAUUGUGAAACCAUGAAGCAGGUUCUCGGUGUGAUUGAUAAGAAAGUUCGCAACAUGGAGAAGAAGAAGGUAAUUUUAGUUAGAUCAGUAAGAUACUACCAACACAUUCUUGUCUUGUUUGACCUCAAACAGGGUCAGAGAAUGGUAUCUUUCUUUUUUUUUAAGGGAAGUUUGACAAAUAUUGUUGCUCUGAUUUUGGAGAAAACACAAACUGUAUUUAAAAUCUUAGAGGAAAAAAUGAGUUGUGUAUUUUCUUUAAGUAGGUAUUGGUUUAAUUGAAGGUUGAGGGCAAUAUGUUGUGAAAAGGGAUGGAUCUUCAUUGACUAAAUUUGCAUUUGCAUAUAAACUAAACAAUCAAACAUGCCCUGCUCUAUUUGUAAGUGAUUUAUUUCUGGAUGUGAUUUUUUUGUAUCUGACUUUUUUGUCAUUUAUCUCAAUGAACGUGAUGUUUCCCUGUUAUUUUCAGUCUAAACUGGAUGACUACCAGGCAAAGAAGAAUAAAGGGGAAAAUCUGAACCAUGAUCAGUUGGUAAGAAAACAGUUUCUGUGUUUAUCCAUAUUGUGAUAUGGAUAAACAUACACAUGUUUCAAACCAAUACCUGUAUCAAAAUGUUAAUUUAUAUUUAAUUAAAUUCAGAGAAUCUUAAUUUUUAUUCAACUUUUUACCUACAGGAAGCUCUGACGAAGUACCAAGAGAUCAUCAACAACCUGGAGUUUGCCAGAGAACUGCAGAAGAGUUUCAUUGUGUUGGGCCAAGAGGUGAGCCCUCAUUGACCAUCAAUGUUGCUGGUUUUUCCAUUUUAUUUCAAGAGGUUUAGAUGUAGUUCUUAACAUUUGUUGACUUCUACAUGAGGAAACUGUUUUUAUUCUCUUUAUUUUUGUAGCUUUCUAUCUUGAUCCAAAUAUUGCCUGCACUUUAAAAACUCCAAAACAAUACUUCCUGUUGAAACUUAUGAUUACACAUUUAAUAAGAUCAGUGAUGUGCACAGAGGGACUAUGCAAACUUGAAAAGCGUUGAUUUUCUUGCAUCAAAAUCUUGUAUGACCUUGUUUGUAUGUUCAGGUUCAAAAGGCAGUGAAAAAGUCUGCAAGACGGGAACAGCUGCAGCGUGAGGAGAUGGAGCAGCGGCGACUGAAGACAGUAUUGGAGCUUCAGUUUUUACUGGACCAGUUGGGAGAAGACAGUGUUAGACAGGACCUCAAACAGCCGGACGCCACUGGGUCCUCAUUACUUACUGAUGCUGACCUCACAUCGCUUGAUGAGUUUUACAAACUGGUGGGACCUGACAGGAACUACGAUGUCAGGUUUGUAUCAGGAUGCCUUUCAAAUAUAUGCAUGUGCGCAAGAUAUUUGCUAGUUUGUCAAGAAAAUAAUUUAAAACCAUUUUUUGUUUAUCUACCCUGUUGUGAAACUUGCAGGUUGACUGGCCAAUAUGAGGAGGCAUCACUGCACUUGUGGGAACUGCUGGAGGGCAGAGACAAGGCCGUGGCAGGGACCACAUGUAUGUAUUUUCACUCACCACACAUGCGAUUUCUAAAUAUCGUCAAACCAUGUGUCCUUCAUGGGAUCUGUCUCGGUGUUGUUUCAGACAAGUCACUGAAGGACACUCUGGACAAAGUGCUGCUGAGUGGUUACUUUGACAGAGCACAAACUCAUCAGAACGGGACAUGUGAGGAGGAAGAAGAACGUGAGGAGCAGACUGUAGUGGCUGAGUCAAAGUCUGGGAUGCAGCCAUCAGAGCCCGGUAACUAACAACACAUUAGCUAAGUGGUUUUCAAACAUUUCCUGUAGGCCCCCCUCUUGGGUAGAUGAAAAGUAGCUUCAAGGCCAAUCUCUUCUUUCACAAACACACUAUCAGACACAUUUUUAAUGAACAAAUUCUUGCAUCUUCAGAAUACUGCAUUAUCAGAUGCACGUGUAUUUGCAAAUUAAUUGAAUAAUUAUUUGAUCUGGAAAGGAAAACAGUUCCUAAAUUUUCUUUUCUGCAGAAGGAACGGUUUCUGUAAAAUACCCUGAGCCAGUUGAAGUGGAAACCACAGAGGUGAGAUCUCAGAAUAUUUCCUGGACGAUUAAAAAUUCACAAGGUUUAAGAUUAAAGGGGUUUUCUACUUAUAUUAUUACAUUUUCACUCUGCGCUCUUAUCUUUCAGUUCAUAAACAGACAGUUCAUUCCAGAAACUACGUACAGCAGUACGAACAAAGACCAAGUGGAGGAGUGGACAGCAGAGGCGCAAGUAUGCUGCAACAGUAUCCUUCAUGUUGCUAAGCAUAUUUUCCCAAUCUUGUCGUUGUCUCUUAUGUGUUUGUCAAAUGUGUCUUUGUGUUGAUUAGGUGAUGAAUGCCCUCCAGCACCAGGCACCUGCCCAUGUGGCGACUGAACCACCUGUUACUGUGAACCAUGCCCCUCCAACUCCUGUCUGUGACCCACUGGUUCGAAAGCAGGUAGUGCAAGACCUCAUGGCCCAGAUGCAAGGAACGUACAACUUCAUGCAGGUAAAAGUCAUCGUUCAAACUGUGGUGUCCAGCCACCCUAUGUACCCAUCAGCUCAGUGGAAAGCCCUGAACUUGGUCAAUUUAAACUGGAGAAGGUCAUUUGUUGUCAGAGCAUUGCCUGUAAACUUGAUCCCUGACUGAGUGACACAUCAACUCCCAUUGUGUUCUUCUAGGACUCUGUGUUGGAGUUUGACGGUCAAGCUCUGGACCCCGCUAUCGUGUCUGCCCAGCCGAUGAAAUCUGUGCAGACUGUUGACCUGCAGCAAAUAGGCUGCCCUCCAAGUGAGCACCGAUGAAUUUACCUCCACUCUGAGCAGACUCUGGCAUAGAAGCAGGCCACUAUAUUACAACGAGGAUAUAUUAUCACAAAAGCAGGUUUUGAGUGGUUUUCUUUUUUCUUUUAAACAGCCCUCUCAGAGUCCAGACUUCCCCAAACAAACGCAGUGUCUGGGUCACAGGAAUCUUCACAAGUAAGUAGAGAGGCAGAACUUGAGGAAGUUUUGUCUAAAGGAGCAGUGCGUCAUGUAAAUGAUGAGAGGAGUAGAGAGUUUAGAUUUCUGUUAUAGAAUAAGCCAGAUUUAAAGUGUUUUCAAUGUGACAUGUCAAAAUGGUACAGUGCACUUUAGAGUAAUAGAGGAUGCAUCUCAUAGUUAUAGAAAGCUACAAACUAAGAUGAAAGCUCAGACAUUGAGUUUUUCCCACUUACCUCUCUGCAACCCUUGUUUCUUUGCUGUCCGAAUUCCUUCCUUCUUUCCUUCCUUCCUUCCUUCCUUCCUUCCUUCCUCCCUCCUUCCCCAGGCUUCAAUGUCUCUCUCAUCUGAGCCGUCCCAAGCCCCAUGUCCCCUGUCCUCUGCCUUCCCACCUGUUUCCAAACCCUCCCAUACUGGAGGCAUCAAUGUCAACGCCGCACCCUUCCAGUCAGUGCAAGCGGUAUGCUCACUACCUGGGUCUAAAUAAAAACUAAGACGGAAUAUUUUUUGGACUUUGUCAAUACAUGCAACUUUGAGGUACCAUACUUGAUCUGUUAGUGAGUGAACAUUAGAUCUAAUGUCAGGUAAAACAUGGUUUUUGAUGCUCCAUCUAGAGAGGGAAACCUUCGGUAGACCUUGAUCCCCAGAUUUUCCUGAACGGUGGUGUUGUUUUUUUGUUAUUGUUUUGGUACAGACAAAAAUAAAGAGAUCUUUCUGUCCCUUUUUUUAGGUAUUUAACAUGAAUGCACCUGUACCUCCAUCUACUGAUGGCCCAGCAGAUCCUCUGAAGCAGCCCAGCCAGUUCCCUGGUGGCUAUGGACCUGGCUUUAGCAGCCAGUCAGAGAGUGUUGUGGACCAGCCGGACAUCCCCCAGGAGACACUACAGUCAGGUGAGAGGAAAGACUGAAGACAAAGCAGCAUAAAUGAUCAUGAACCUUUGCACCCUUGCCUAUCAAGUCCUUUUUCCUUUUGGCUCCUGUCUAGUUGUCAGUGGAUUCCAGCCUCAAGACCAGGGCCUGUCCUCAGCAGCAGGUCAUGAAGAGUCCUCCCCGGGCGCAGGAUUUGGUCAGUCAGGACCGUCUUUUUACAACAGCAGGGCUGUGCCCAGAGGAGGACCCAGGAAUGCCCGAGGCAUGAUAAAUGGAUACAGAGGCUCGUCCAAUGGAUUUAGAGGUAAACCUGUACAACUGUCUCCCAGAGGAAAAGGAGUGUCUGUGGCCUUCUGAUUCAAAGUAAUGACACAAAAAAUUCUCAUAAAAUAAUGAUAAAUUCUAGCUCUAUUCCUGUUUGCAUUUUGUCGAUCACUAAUUCUCAUGUACAAUGUCAGCAGGGGGAUAUGAUGCCUAUCGCCCUCCUUUUUCAAACACUCCAAACAGCGGUUGUGGUCAAAUCCAGUUCAACACAUCUCGGGACUAUUCCAGUAAUACCUACCAACGGGUAAGUCUUCUUUGACCCAUCAUCUUAGAGACACUUUAACUAUGUAAACUUAUAUUGUAUGUCAUCUGUUACUUGAUGUGUUGUCUGUAGCUUUUUCAGUUUUUAAAACGUCUAGAUGUUACAAAUUCUUGUUUCUCACAUAGUUAUAACUAUUUUUAUGUUACUAUUGAAGGAGGGAUAUCAGCAAAACUACAAGCGGGGAGCUGCCCAAGGCCCUCGAGGUUUGUCUCGAGGAAAUGCUCAAGCGAUGAGAUCCUAAAGGAUCCAAAGGACCAUAAAAAAAUGUUGCGCCACGUUUAACAUUCAGGAUUUUUGAAUGUUUAUUUUUUCCCCAGCUCACUUUUUUAACAAUGUUUCGUUUCUCAUCAGUAAUGUUAUUUUUUUAACUCCUGGCCUACUUAUCAGAGUCAGCCUGCUUCGGUCUGUCUAGAUCCUCUAAUUGUUUUAACACAAAACGCUGAACUUCACCACACGUAGGGUUAUCAGCAACGCUGUGUGACAUAAAACAACAUAUAGAUAUUCCUGUAAACUUGAAAGAUUUCAUUAAUUUAUUUUUUGUACAAAAUAAAUGCAAAAAAUACCCUGCCACUGUCAAUCUGAUUCCAUGAGAAUGAUUCCUUUCUGCCCUGUGCUGUCAGCCACUUUUCCUCUUUUCAUAAAGGCAUUAGAUGUUUUUUAUUUUUAUUUUGUUCGGUUUUUCUUUUUACCCCUGACACUUCUUUGGCCAUCACCUCUUUGUACGCUGAUGUGGUUGAGACUGUUUCAAUAAAGUUGUGUUCUAUUACCACCGUUUACCGAUA